GAUAAAUCAAACUGAGUAUAUAGUUUUUAGAGUGUGGGAUAGAUAUAUUUUCAUAGACCUUGAUAAGAAUAAAAAUAAAUAAAAGUUGCAAUUUAAUGCAUAAUAACAAGGCCAUGUCUAAGUUCAUGGGAAGACGCAGUAAACGACCACGGGCGGCCGUAUUCGGCGAUUCUAGUAGCGGCGGCGGAGGCGGCUCUCCGGCGAGCUCUAGCAGUCGGGUGUCCAAUGAAGAAGACGAUGACGUGGCGCAUUGUCUGAUGCUCCUGUCCCGCGGCGGUGGAGGCGCGGGGGGUUACGAGUGCAAGACGUGCUGCCGGAGAUUCCCGUCGUUCCAAGCUCUGGGCGGACACAGAGCGAGCCACAACAAGAAACAGAGCACGCCGGAAAAUCAAGAAAACCAGAAGGGAAUCUCCGGCUCGCCGUCGAUGGCCAAGAGUAAGAUCCACGGGUGCUCGAUUUGCGGGUCGGAGUUCUUUUCCGGGCAAGCGUUGGGCGGUCACAUGAGAAGGCACCGGCCGUUACACAUGAACAGAGUUACUGUCAGUGCUGAGAACAGAGUGAUGUGCUCCUCCUCCUCCGCCGCCGCCUCCUCCUCCUCCUCCAUGGAAGACGGUGAGGAUCAAAGAAAAGCUGCAACUGGGUUCACACUGGACCUUAAUUUACCUGCUCCACAUGAAGAUCAAAUUGAAGAAGAUGAUGAUGAUGAUUUGACCCCGGGAAAUUAUGUCUUCUCCGGCGGGCCGGGGUUGGUGGAAUGUCAUAACUAAGUAAUUAAAUUUAAUUAAAUUAA